AUGGCACCUCGACGCGUGCAGCGUGCUGGCUCCCAAGUCACCCGAAACACCGAGAAUUCUGUCAACCCCGUCUCAGAGAAUACCGCAUCUAUCCAAGCACAACCUGAUGCUUCGAUGAAUCCGGGCCCAGCUGAAGAAACAGUUGAGGAAACAGCUGUGUUGCAAGGCGAUAGCCCUCGAAAAGGGGCUACUGGGUCCACAACAACAAACGAUUCUUCAUCGGAUAAUGAAUUUGCCGAACUCCGGGACCAGAUACGCCAACAAAAGCAGGAACUCAAGAGAUUACGCAUGGAAAAUAAAAGGAGGGCAUUGCAAGAGCUUAUCGAUUAUGAGAAACGCAUCCAAGAAAACCGAAGUGCAACAAUUUCGCGGCCAGAAUCCAAUAUAAGCACACCCGACCAUGGAAUACCACAAGAAACCGCACCCCAGCCUAUGCCAGAGCCCACGCACGCAUUGAAACCGCCAGCACCCCCAGCACAUGUCUCGGAAUACAUGGGAAAGAACAUGCAGGAAUACAGACAUUUAUCGCACGCAUGGAACCAUUUCGAACGAAAUCGCUACUACUUUACUAAUGAUACGACGAAAGUGGUGGAAGGUACGGCACAUCUAUGCGCAACAUUUAUCCGCCUAUGGAGGCAACACGAGGAGGAAGUCGCCGAUAAACCUACCUGGGAGGACUUUCGCAAAUUUCUACUACGCCAAUUAAACGACCCUGUUAACCUGCGAAGAGAUGCGAGCCAACGCUACCAUGACGCCAGACAACAGGAUCACCAAAACGUGCGGGAAUUCGCAGCUUACCUUAACCAAUGGGAAGUUCAGCUCCCAGAAGCAUACACAGAAAAUCAACGAAAGGAUCACCUCCGGACAAGAGUCAAGCAAGACCUGCGACAUGAAGCGCUUAAAUACGCCCAACGAACCAGAGACAUAUGA